AUGGCGAGCCCGCAGAAACCUGACCCGACCUCACCACGCCGGCGGCAGCAUCAUCACCAUCAUCAUCGGCAUCACUCUUCCGCCGCCUUGUCCCAUGGACGGUCUCGCAGUAACGAUGUGGAAGCUGGCGGUUACUCGCCGCCGAGAGGCUCUCGAAGAGACCCGUAUGCCUACCAACCUGCUUCUCCCGGCACACUUCCGGGUGACAGAGAUCCUAUUAUGAUGGCUUCAUCAGGACCGCCUGUUGAGCUGGGCCGGAAACGCAGCUUGAUACGACCGGAGCGGAACCGGAUUGACCGUGACCAUCCCAAUUAUCACUAUCGCCAGCACGCACAAAAUAUGAACUUUAUGCCCUCCACUACCGGUAAUGAUCCCUUAAUCGAUGAGCAUGAGGAGGAAGCUCUGAGUUCGACAAGCACUGAAAUGGCAAGCCUCAAUCGUCCAGGUCAAGCAGCUCCUGUUGGCGUGGCCUAUUCCGACAGCUCGCCUUCGAGAAGCGAUUAUGGGCAUCAAAGAGGGGAAAGCGAUCCUGUUCCACCUGGAAAAUUGAAAAGAAGAGAGAGGAAAAAACAGCAGAAACAGCAGGAGGCGGUAACCCCGCCCAGCCUAUGGAACAUCUACUGUCAUUUGAUCACUUUCUGGUGUCCGGAUGUUGUUCUAGGCUGCUUUGGAAUGCCCGCAAAGGCGCAAAAACGAGCAUGGAGAGAGAAAAUGGGUCUGAUCAGCAUCAUUCUCUUGAUUGGCACGUUUGUUGGCUUCCUUACUUUCGGAUUUACUGAAGUCGUCUGCGGGUCGGCGCCUGCACGUAUGAAGGUCAAUCAUGUUGAAGCCGGAUAUAUGAUUUUCCACGGCAGCGCCUAUGAUCUGUCCAAGUCGAAACAUCCUCCAGCUCGAGGAAUCCCUGAAAAUGCAAACGUGCUCUACGACCUUCCUGAGAAACACGGCGGGCAGGAUGGCAGCUUUCUCUUCCAGAACGUCAACGGAGCCUGUAAGGGCCUGAUUACAAAAGCCAAGGGGUCAGACGUUCCUUCGAAUUCGAAUGGCGAGCUGGCUUGGUAUUUCCCCUGCAACACAUUCAAUCAGGACGGCUCCAGCAAACCCAAUACGACGGAUCCAUAUUACCUAGGGUACGCUUGCCAUACAACAGCCAAUAGUCGUAAAGCAUUCUAUGAUCUCAAGAGCUCGGGGCAAGUCUACUUUACGUGGGAUGAUAUAAAGAAUUCCAGUCGGAAUUUGAUGGUUUACUCUGGUGAUGUUUUGGAUCUUGAUUUAUUACAAUGGUUCAACACAUCUGAAGUGUCAUACCCGGCACAGUUUGAUGACCUGCGCAAGAAUCCAGCCGUCCGAGGGACAGAUGUGACUCGAGCUUUUCAGGCCAGCUCAACCGACAAGCAUCUUGCCAGCUGCUUGACAGAGAUUAUCAGAGUGGGAUCUAUCGACACCGAGACUGUGGGCUGCAUUGCAUCCAAGGUUGUUCUUUAUGUGUCUUUGAUCUUUAUUCUCUCAAUCGUCGUAUCAAAAUUUGUUCUCGCAGUAGCCUUUGGCUGGUUUCUCAGUCGACGCUAUGUCGCAAAUGGGAUGGGUGUUUCUAAAAAGCGAAAUCAAGAAAUUGAAGACUGGACUGAAGAUAUUUACCAACCUCCGCCCAGAUAUGGCGAUACUAUGGUUGGCGGGCCAGAUAAGGGCGGCAAACGUGGCAGUACCUUACUUCCGAAGACGUCAAGAUUCACCAGCCCUUACGCUGUUGAGAAUGUCGCAAAGAAACAACGUCCUACGCCAACGACGAUGGCUAGCCAGAGCUCAACAGCUCGUCUCCUGGCCAAUCAGCCAAUGUAUAGCCAAACGGAUGGGAGUCAAGGAAAUUUGUCCGAUCCAACUAGCAAGCUCUCUCACGGCACAAGUAGGUCCAGCCUUAUGCUCUCACAAGCUCCGGAAACAAGAUUCUCUGCUCUAAUGAGCGAUGUGGAUGCGGUUGGCCCUACAGGGUUCAUUCACGAGAACGUCGUACCUCAACCCCCUCCAGAAUGGCAGCCAUUUGGAUAUCCCCUGGCUCAUACCAUUUGUUUGGUUACCGCAUAUUCCGAGGGUGUUGAAGGUUUACGGACGACGCUUGACUCGCUGGCCACUACCGAUUAUCCUAAUAGCCACAAAGCGCUCUUGAUCAUUUGCGACGGCAUCAUCAAGGGCCACGGAGAAACAAUGUCUACGCCCGAUGCUGCGUUGAGUAUGCUAAAAGAUCACGCUGUUUUGCCGGACGAAGUGCAGCCUUAUUCCUACGUUGCUGUGGCUGGUGGUUCAAAGAGACAUAAUAUGGCAAAAGUAUACGCUGGCUUUUAUGACUACGGAGAGGAUUCGGUCGUCCCUGCGGACAGACAACAGAGAGUUCCCAUGAUGGUUGUGGUGAAAUGCGGGACGCCCCAGGAAGCUGAGCAAGCUAAGCCUGGAAACCGAGGCAAGCGUGACAGCCAGAUCAUCAUCAUGUCAUUCCUUCAGAAGGUCAUGUUCGACGAAAGAAUGACGGAACUUGAAUACGAAAUGUUCAAUGGUCUUUGGCGCAUUACCGGUAUCAGCCCUGAUUUCUAUGAAAUUAUGCUCAUGGUCGAUGCGGACACCAAAGUUUUCCCCGAUUGCUUAACGCAUAUGGUUUCUGCUAUGGUUACUGACCCGGAGGUUAUGGGUUUGUGUGGAGAGACCAAGAUUGCGAAUAAGACUCAGAGUUGGGUGUCCAUGAUUCAGGUUUUCGAGUACUUUAUCUCUCACCACCAAGCGAAGUCGUUUGAGUCAGUGUUUGGUGGUGUCACCUGUUUGCCUGGCUGUUUCUGCAUGUAUCGCAUCAAAGCGCCAAAAGGAGGCCAGAAUUAUUGGGUUCCAAUCUUGGCCAACCCCGAUGUGGUCGAGCAUUAUUCCGAGAACGUCGUCGACACUCUUCACAAGAAGAAUCUUCUCCUUCUGGGUGAGGAUCGUUAUCUUUCGACUCUGAUGUUGAAGACAUUCCCGAAGCGGAAGCAAAUUUUUCUUCCUCAGGCCGUCUGUAAGACUGUCGUACCGGACAAGUUCAUGGUGCUUCUCUCUCAACGCCGACGCUGGAUUAAUAGUACGGUGCACAACCUCAUGGAACUUGUGUUGGUCAGGGACCUGUGCGGGACGUUUUGCUUUAGCAUGCAAUUUGUCGUCUUCAUUGAAUUGAUUGGCACGCUGGUCCUACCCGCUGCCAUCUCCUUUACCGUGUAUCUGAUCGUCAUAUCCUUUGUGAGGAAGCCAGUUCCUGUCAUUCCGCUUACGCUCCUCGCACUCAUCCUUGGACUUCCUGGUAUUCUGAUUGUACUGACAGCGCAUCGGCUGUCUUACAUCUUGUGGAUGUUGAUUUAUUUGAUUUCUUUACCAAUCUGGAACUUUGUCUUGCCGACAUAUGCCUAUUGGAAGUUUGAUGAUUUCAGUUGGGGAGACACCCGCAAGACGGCGGGAGAGACGAAGAAGGGGGAUGGUCACGAUACUGUUCAAGGCGAGUUUGACAGCAGCAAAAUUACAAUGAAGCGAUGGGCCGACUAUGAACGAGGUGAGUGA